AUGAAUUUAGUAUCCCUUCGGAAAACGUUUACUAACAUUAAAGUGUAUCCUUGGUUCCAGGUGUCCGCGUGGGUGACAGAGCUGGUGCUGACGUCCACUCCGGAGGAUAGAAAGGCCACGUUGGCCUGUAUCCUGAGGAUCGCGCUCACCUGUUGGAAUAUAGGCAACUUUAACGGCGCCAUGGAGAUUGUAGCUGGACUCAAAUCUCACAAACUGAAGUCGUUCUGGUUCAGUAUAUCUGACGAGCCGCUGCCAGCCCUGGACUUCCUCUCAGCUGCCCUGCUCACAGCUGAGUACGAGCGAGCGUUGGGUCGAGCUCUCGCUAUGCCCGAGUGUCGACUCAUACCAUUUUUUGGUGCUUUCCUCAGAGAGUUAAGGUAA